AUGGUGGAUGGGAGCGAGAGUAAAGGGGGAGACCCAUUGAUUACUGAAGAUCAAGUGGGGAAGGAGGGCCACUCGGACAAGGCGAGGCCCAGCAUUGAUAGAGAGAGAGUCACAGAAGAGGCCAUCUUUUACCUAUACCUUUUGCAGUUUGAAGGUUGCAAGAAGGCCUUUUCGAGGCUUGAAAACCUCAAGAUUCAUUUGCGGAGCCACACAGGCGAGAAGCCGUAUUUGUGCCAGCAUCCGGGCUGUCAGAAGGCGUUCAGUAACUCCAGUGACCGCGCCAAGCACCAGAGGACGCAUCUGGACACUAAACCUUAUGCUUGUCAAAUUCCGGGAUGCACCAAACGCUACACAGAUCCAAGUUCCUUAAGAAAGCAUGUGAAGGCACAUUCUUCCAAAGAUCAGCAAGCAAGGAAAAAGCUGCGGUCCAGUGCUGAGCUCCAUCCCGACCUGCUCACAGACUGCCUCACGGUGCAGCCCCUGCAGCCCUCCACCUCCCCACGAGACGCUGUCGAUAGGGCGGUGGGAUGCUCCCCAGAGCCCGGGCCUGACCUCUAUCCAGCUUCCAUUUUCUCCAGCAAUCACUCAAGCCGAAGCGGAACAGCUGCUGGGGCCGUGCCACCCCCACAUCCUGUCACUCACCCUUCUCCGGGACAUACUGUACAGGGGAGCCCCCACAACCCCUCCUCCCAGUUACCGCCACUCGCAGCUGUGGACGCCGGAGCUGAGAGGUUUGCGCCUUCUGCUCCAUCUCCUCACCACAUUAGCCCCCGGAGAGUUCCAGCUCCUUCAAUAAUGCAGAGAACACAGCCGCCCCAUACCCAGCAGCCCUCAGGAUCACACCUGAAGUCUUAUCAGCCAGAAACAAGCUCUUUUCAACCAAAUGGAAUCCAUGUCCAUGGAUUUUAUGGGCAACUACAGACAUUCUGCCCCCCAAAUUAUCCUGACUCUCAGAGAACCAUGCCACCUAGCAGUUCCUGCAGUGUGAUGCCUUCCUUCGAGGACUGUCUGGUCCCCACUUCUGUGGGCCAGGCUGGCUUUGAUGUUUUCCACAGAGCCUUCUCAACUCACUCGGGCAUUACAGUGUAUGAUUUGCCUUCGGGUUCCUCAAGCCUCUUUGGGGAGACUCUUCGCAGUGGACCUGAAGAUGCCACAUUCUUACAGAUCAGUGCUGUGGACCGCUGUCCUAGCCAGCUCUCCUCUGUCUAUACUGAAGGCUAAAAUCUCCCCUAGCCUCCACUGCUGCUGGCAUCCAGAAUCUUUUUGUUCCUUGUCACCUUUUGUUCUUAUACUUUCGCAGACCCUAAGAAAAAGGAUGUCAAGCAAAUCAACUCAAUAUGCCACACCACAGAUGUGUCUUUGGAGAGCAGGGCUGGAUGGUCAGAGCUGGGAUUUGUUGGUGUGUUUGCAACUGCUCCUUUUUCCCUCUGGAUUUGCCAGUGACCAGCAGGACUGUCUUUUCAAAGGGAAUUCGGAGUCUCACUACUGGAUAUCUGUUACUUCCCAGUUGUCAACCUUCAAGGGACACCAGUGAGAUUAUGUGCAUGUGAAAAUGUAAUUUGGAGAUCACCCUUGCUGAAAACUCCAAAUAAGGAUGGACAACCCAGAUUGCCAGCACAGUGAAUUGCCUCACCCAAGAGCCAGGCGCAACAAGGGAAAUCCACAUCCAAGUCCAGCAUGGGUUCGGCCCAGUUUCCCAGCACCAGCCUGGCAUCCAGGGAGCUGGCUGCCUCUCUCCUCCUGGGUACUCCCAUGCUAACCAAUUGCUUUUCAGUGUUUUUCCAAAAGCAAAAUGAGAAGGUUCUGUCAAGCACAGCCCCUUGAAAAGCUUGACAGCUUGUUUUGUAUUCCUGCAACCUAUCUUAGUCCUUUGAUUUUAAAGCCUUGUUAUUUACAUGUACUUUUAAAGGAAAAAAUAUUUAGAAGUCUGUUCUUUGGAUGGAAAUAAUUAUUUUAAUCACCCCAGCUACAUACGUCUGGCCUCUGCUGUGGCUUGGCUUGGCCCCGCCUCAUAGCUCCUGUGUGCACCAGGAAUGUUCUGCAAAGGCUACCUGAGAGACAUGGGGUCAGCCACCCCCUUCCCAGUGCUACCACAGAGACCCUCGUGUGUUGACUGUUAGUGACUCCACCUUGAGGACUUUAUUCAAAGGAAAAUUUCUCUUGACUGGUUCACCCAUGGCCUCCACUCUGGUGCUCUGCCCAGAGACCUGCUAGAAGCUGUGAGAGCAGGGACACAUGGAGGUGUGCUCCUGGCUUCUCUCAGAAGGCCAGACUAGAGGUGCCUGAUGUCCAGCUACUUUGCACAGCCUCUGCUCCCUCUGUUGGGAUCUCCCCGCACCGGUCUCUGUCGCUCCCUUGCCCUUCUCCUCCCUCUUCAUUGCUCUCAUCCUUGUUUUUGACUGUAGUUCAGACAUACCCACCACCUGAGCAGGGUCUAGCCUAGGGCAGGUAGAGGAGACAGUUCUGGAAAGGUGGCCGAAAAGAAGCAACCGCUUUGUCUGAAACUCUGUUUUGAGGGCCUAGAAUUUUCACAGAGCUCUUGGCCAUUUGAUCUCAACCCUGAAUAGGAAGUCAUUUUCUGUGACACCUUUUUGUUGCUGUUGUUUUAUUGCUAAGUCAUGCCCGACUCCUUGCUGCCCCAAGGACUAUAGCCCUCCAGGCUCCUCUGUCCUCUGUGACACCUUUACCAAGCAAUUAAAAAGGUCCCAAGUCCGAUGACUAUAAAAAUUGCCAAACCCCCCAAAACCUGGUAAAUUCUGACAUCCCAGUACUAUCACAUCUCAUGAUUUCUUUUCUCUCUCUUUAAAAAUGUUCUCUGAAGAAAAAUGAAACAAUGCUAUUUGUCAAACUGGGAUAAUUACAAUCUCCAACAAGACAAUUAAACAGCUUGGUGUCAGACUUAGGAUCUGGUGACAGUUUGUAUCCUGACAGACGUGUCCUUCCAGUCUGCUGCACAGUCGGUAGUGUUCUGCCUGACUCAGGACUUCAUUCCCACAUGCAGUAUGAUCAGGCUAAUAAAGAACCAAGCGCAGGGUCCGCUUUUACAGUGCUCUCAGUCUCAUUUCUCUGGAUAGUGGGCUCUGAUCUGAGAAGAGCCAUCAUGCAGACAUCUGUGUCUGCGAAAGAGACAAGUUAUUCACUUUACAAAAAUCUGCUCUGCUGUAUCAAAGGACGCACGUCAGACUUUUCUUUCUAAAUGAGCUCUCAGACGCACACAAAGUCCCACCCUUCUGGCAGACUUGGUGGAUUGUGUCACCUGUGUCCUUUGCCACACCCUGCAGAGAAAGGGAAGUUGUGGUAUGGUAGACAAUCUAUUCAUUCUAAACCCAGAGCCUCUACAGGGAACUCAAAACACAUUUCAUUCAUGUAAUGAGGAAAAAGAUGGAAAGGUAAGGCAGUUACUGCAGUUGAUGUUGUCAGCCUACUUGUGGCUUCUGGCUGUAAUUUGACAUGGAAACAGGGAAGGAGGACAAAGCCGGAAGAACCCCAGAUACUCUGGCUGGAGGAGAUGCUCCUGAGCAUCUGUAGUCUCCCCGCUGGCCUCACUGAGGCCCAAGGGAGCCUGGGGGUGCCAGGUGGCAGGCACACCUGCAGGACUCCUUCCCUGGCAGGAAUUAGCAGAAGCAGGCCCAGUACCACCUGCAAGGCGGAGCGCCCCUCCUACUCCCUCCCCCAUCCCGUGUUUCACCUUGGCUACAGGUUUGAGCUCAGGACCCCAGGACAUGCCACUUCCAGUUUCCUUCUGGGUGACACGUGCUGGCCUUAGAUUCCAGGAUCUCACCUGACCUUCAAAUUCAUUCCUUGCUUGCUUUCACAUUGCACAAGAUUUAUAUAUGUUUUCAUCAUUAUGUUUGUAACAGUAAAAGUGGAAACUUCAAAAGAUCAUUCCCUUCCAUUUUCUAGUCUUUUUCCUCUUGAUAUAUAACCAUUUUCAUAAACAUCUGAACACAGAUUGUCAUUCCCCUUUAAAAAAAAAAGAAGCUGGUGUUCAUGAAAAUACACACAGCCCAAAGCCAAUUAUCCUAUUACAUUAAAAAAAAAAAUCAGCAUGCCUAGAGAUAUUUUACUUGCUGCAUUGUCUUAAUUCCCUAAAGGGACUGCAUCACAAUGUAAGUUGUAAUUUAGCCUGUGAUCAGUGUUAAAUAUUAAAUAUUCUAUAUCCUGUAAGAUAUCUCCCAUUACCCCCCCCCCCAAAUUAUUUCGGUGAUUCUAAAAUGGACAAAAGGUCAUCAGUCAAUCACAGCAAAGUUUCCACUGGUGAACCAGAGCUUUGGUGUUACUCUGUUGUUUUUAAAUUAGCAGCUGUCAAGCACAUUAGCAUACUAGAAGAGAACCUCAUCUUCAAGAACCUUGCCUCCGAGUUGCCUUGAAUUUUGGGAAUAGUGGUUAAAAAUGUCCAAUUUAAUUAUUUGGUAUUUUAUUUGACUGUUUUGACCAUGUCAUUGUAAAGCAGCAUUUUUAACAGCACUUUUUGUUGGUGGUGUGGAAUUUCUGCGGUUACAUUUUUUUUUUUCUUUGCAAUGAGUAAAGCAAAAAAAAAAACAAAAAACAAAAAAACACUCAUUGGAGAGAUGGCAAGUGUAAAAAAGAGGAGAUUUAUUUUGCACAGACAGCAGAGCCUCCUGUGUAAUGUUGCUGACAUAAAGCACUUUGGGGGGAAAAGUGGAAAUCUGUUUUCCAUAAAUCACACAGACUCUUGUACAUAGUUAUAUACACUCACGUAGAGAAAUGAACUGCAUAUAUCAUACUGGAUAUGGGGCUGAUUUUACUCUAGGGGCACAUCUGGUGCUUAUUGUCAUAAAUCUUUUAAAGAAUUAGGUACACUUUUUUCUAUUAAUAUGUAUAGUUUUGUGAUUUGUCACAGUUAUGUUUCAUAUAAUCAUAAGUUAUUUUGUCUCGUUUCAUGAAGUCCUUUUUUUAUGUCAAAAGUAAAAUGAAGGGAUUGUGCACUUGGUACAUAAUAAAACUGGAAAUAGAGGAUGUGCCCACCUGCCUGAAAUCCUCUUUCAGCAUGUUGUUUUAAAACACAAUGGCAGCAACCAUUUUUUGUUUGUUUGUUUGUUUUAUUUUGUUUAGUUUUUACCAUCCGCUUCCCUUAUAUUGGGUCGGUAAUUAUAAUUAAAAGCAGAUGGGGAUGGGGGAGGGAGUGUCCAAGGCCAGCUUUAAAAUGCCGCAUCGCUUUGGGCCAGAGCUGCAGCCUGGAUUUAAUUAUAGAUAUGAGGACGAAAUGGCAGUAAAAAUGAAUGUGUCUCCGAAUCCUUUACAUAUUGGGAGUGUCCAUAAAUAAAACAUGAAGUUUUAUUUCAUCAGAUUUAAUUAAAGCUUUUAUACAUGU